AUGGAGGUUGAAACAGAGAGAGAUUUUAUUGUGAGGAGACGAAAGAAACAACAUAACGAUGUUUCAUGGCGUCAUAAUACUACUACGGAAAAAUCUGGUGCCUCGUUUGAAUCUGCAAAUGCCAUUGUCUUGGCAGAAAGGUCUUUAUUUGUUUGGCUGCUCCUGUUUAGAAUACUAAAUGCAAUUCUCAUCAAGACUUUUUUUGUCCCUGACGAAUUCUGGCAGGGACCAGAAAUUGCUCACAGAGUGGUAUUUGGUUAUGGUUACUUAACAUGGGAAUGGAAAGAAGGCCUCAGGGGCUGGACUUCGCCACUAAUCUUUGCAGCAAGCUAUAAGAUGUUAGCUGUUCUUGGAAUGGACUCUGCAAAAACUCUUGUUGUGGUACCCAGGUUGGUUCAGUCAUUUUUUGCCGCAUGUGGGGAUUUGUUUUUGUACAAGCUGGCGGUUAAAAGAUUUGAUCUUCAAACUGGUAGAUGGACGCUUAUCUGCUACUUAAUGUCAUGGUUCACAUUCUACAGUGUGACAAGAACUUUGACAAAUUCUUUAGAAACUGUUCUAACAACAAUAGCCCUUUAUUACUGGCCUUGCGACAUAAAAAAGGAAAAUAAUACUAAAGAUGUCGUUAAAGCUCUCAGUUUUGCAGCUUUUUCUUGCAUCAUCAGACCAACUGCUGCAAUCAUUUGGAUUCCACUAUGUAUUUGGUAUUUAAUUUUCUCACCAAACAAACUAGGAUUUAUAUUUAGAUGUGUUUUGCCAGUUGGAAUGAUGGCCAUGUUGUGGUCACUGAUUUUGAACAGUUGGUUUUAUGGAAAGAGGACACUAGUGGAGCUCAAUUUUGUCAAGUUUAAUGUCAUUAAUGACAUGGGGUCGUUUUAUGGAAGUCACCCCUGGCACUGGUAAGUAGGUUUAAUUGUUAUAUGUUUACUUGCCACUCUUGAAAAAGCACUAUAUUUGGGAGAAAAACUAACAAUAAGCACUGCCCCUCAAAUAUUAAAGCACCAUCAAUCAAAAUCAAUUAAUAUUUAAUUAAACUAACAGAAAUUAAUAAUGCUCUAGUUAAAGCAAUAUUGUAGGUUUUACUGUAGUUUCUGCUUUUAUCUUCUACAACCGUGCAACUUUAAAAGCCUUGUAGAUCAGAAUAUUAUCAUAAAUGAAGAUAUUUAGAUGCUUUAAAUUUCUGCUAUACAAUAAUUGAACCUUCACCUUUUAACAACCACCCUUAAUUAAGUGGCCAGCAGUCAAAGUCCCAAAGUAAUUGUACAAAAGAAUGGGGAAUUAAGCCUCUAUUAAGCAGCAACCUCAUUGAGCAGCUGCGACCUCCUCUUGGCCGUCCUAACGAGAGGUCUCCCAUUGUUGUCAUCUCUAUCAAGCAGCCAUCAAGGGUUUGAUACACUUAGUUUGGGUUCUGUUUUAGAAUAUGAUGAAGGGAAAUACAGUCUGAGAUAGAAGGUGAUGACCAAUUGUGGACUAGUAAUGUUUCCACACAUUUUGUUUUGUUUCAGAAUAAAGUGUUACUUUCUGCUAAAGAUUAUUGCUCAUUUCUGACAAACCUCUAUUGAGUGGCUAACCUCCAUUAGGCGUGGCCGCUUAAUGAAGGUUCAACUUUAGUAACAUAUAUCCGAGACCUUAAUCAUAAAAUCUUGAUUUCUAUGUAGCCCUUUAUAAGGGGAAAUUAACUGUUGUCUACUGAAUUUUUGUCAUCAAUGUUUUGAUAUUGCGAUAAUAUUUAGGUACUUGACCCAAGGUUUUCCUGUAGUAAUGUUUACACACAUGAUUCCUUUUCUUGGUGGAAUUUACAAAGGCAUUUCAAGACAGCAAACACUAGCAUGGCUCAUCUUAUGGACCAUUUCCAUUUACAGGUUUGUAAAAUUUUUGUAUUCACACGCAGGAAUAGCAUAGAGUCCCACAGGCACAAAGCAUACAAGCCUUCCACAUGCAUUGGUGCAGGGGCUUGUUUUUUGCAUCUCUCACCAGUCUUACUCUCUCUCUCUGUCUUCACCUUCACUUUAGACCUUUCAUUUGACUGCUCACAUUUUUGUGACCUGUGCUAAAAAUUUAUGAAGGCAAUAAUUAUGGACUGGUUUGCAGUCUAGACUUUAUUAGUUUGUUUUGACAUGUACAUAGAACAGAAUCAACGUAAAGUAUACUGAUCUCAUGUAACAUUAUUUUUUGCAGCUUCCUUGACCACAAAGAGUUUAGGUUCAUUUUUCCUGUGGUGCCUCUGGCGAUGUGCUACUGUGGUCUCUUCCUAAGUUCUCUUUGCGAGCCUCAUCUAACCAAACAGAAGCAAUCCGCUGAUCAUGGCUUCUUGGCAGGGCUUCUUUGGUCUGGAUGGAAAGCAAGGUCACUGAUGAUAUUUUUAGCUGUAACAAACAUUCCAUUGAUGCUUUACACCAGCACUGUACAUCAGAGAGGAACUAUUGAUGUCAUGGAUUACAUUCAAGUUGAAAGUGCAAAAAUUAGAAAGGACAAUGAAAUGUCAGUGUUGUUUUUGAUGCCAUGCCAUUCUACACCAUUUUAUAGGUACAGGACAUUGUGUUAUUUUGUUUUAAUUUGCAGGUAGUUAAAUAUUGAUCAAUUUUUUUGAAAAUGUAGACUCCCCUCACCAUGUCACUUUCCUUAAGGAAUGAAUUUUGGAAAGCCCUAGUGAAAAUAAUUAUCAAGAGAAAGAAGAGAAACGAUGUAAUUUUAUAAAGGUUUGAGAAUCAAAGGAAAAUACUACAACUUUAAGUACCAGUAAUUUCUUUGACUUUAAUUUGGUUUGCUUUAUUACAUCUAGUUUGAUUGUUGAUCAGAAAAAAAUGCUUUUAGUUUCUUCAUGGUGUUGUUGAUGAUGAUUUUUAUUUUUUAAUUGUUUUUGCAAAAAAUGUAUAAAUUGAAAAAAACUGAGGGGCUGAGGCCAGGAUAAAACCAAUUAAAAUACCAAUAAACUCUCUCUGGCUAAAAUUUUUUUCAAAAAACACAAGCUUUUGUCCCCCUGAUCUGCAACUUCUUCAACAUACAAAAUGAUUCAAGAAAGCAAAAAAAUUCUAAAAUAUAGUGUGAUAAAACAUGAAUACAACAGAAUAAAUUCACAUAGGAACAAAAAUUAAGAAAAAAUACAUUAAAAAUUUUUGCUAAGAACAAUUUUAAUUACAUUGAUGAGACUGAUUAGGGUGCACAAAAUGUUAAUAUAAUUGCAUGCUAUCUUGGGAAAGUUAUCUAAGUGUAGCUGCUUGUCAGUUUUGUUCACAGAAAUAUCAGCAUGAGAAUAUUAGAAUGUCCACCAAGUGAUGAGCAAGGUUACAUUGAUGAAGCUGAUCAGUUCUUCAUGAAUCCCUCUUCUUGGCUAAUCAAACAGUAUGGAAACUCCCUGAGCAAUGAAGAACAAGACCAUCUUCCUACACACAUUGUCAUGUACAAUGCGCUGUUACCAGUUAGUUAUUUAUGUUAUUGUUUUAUUUGCCAGUGUAAAUACAAUAUUAUGGUAGCAAAAAUCACACUAAAAAAAAUCCUAAUCUUAAGACACAUUGGAGACUUCAAAGGCUUGACACAAUUCAGCAGGCAGAGCCUGCUUUUUUCAUCCUUGAUUUCAGUCAAGCCAGGUCAAGCGUACCCCACAAGAUUCCAUUAAUGAAUUUAUUAUUAAUACGAAAGUUGAAUCAUGGGUAGUUGUUGAUUCAUCUCUGUAUUCUUGCAUGUUUCCUUAAAUUUGAUGUAAAUGCCUUCUAAGAAAUUUCAUCCAUUCAAAGAUUUUCAAUCUGACCAACUGCAGACAAGUUUUCGUGAAAUAUUCACUGCUCGUUACACAAGCAGGAAUGCUGAGGAUUUGAAUGUAACACUAGUUACGGGAAUGACUAAUGGAUUCCUUUUUUCAAAUAAUUAUUAAUAAUUCAUUAAAGAAUCUUGGGGGGUACGCUUGACCUUCCUUUACUGUAAGACAAGAGUUCUGCUUAAUUUUGGUGGAAAUCUUUAGCCCAUGGCCCUUAGUGACAGCCCUGGUAUAAAGCAAUAGGGACCUUUAGAUUCUAAGACAAGUACGACAACAAGUACGAGAUUUUCUCACGACUAAGUAGUGCACUCACAUGAGCCAGCAUCAUUUUGGUGGGAAAAGGUGAUGGUCUUCAUCAUUCUACUAACGAGUUUUGGCAAGAAUGUCAUGUUAGUGGAACACAAGUUAUUAAGCAUUAUAUGUUUCACUAUUUUGCGGCUGGGAGAUAACUUAACCUCCUUCAAUAAAGAUAACAGUGCUAAUUUUUUUGGAGAAAAGGAUGUACAAUGAAGCUGUCCAGGGUGUCUACUAUUUGAGAAAACAUGAAAAAACUUUAAGUUCAAUCUCGUACUCGUAGUCUUUCUCGUCCUAGAAUCUAAAGUUCUCUAGUAUCUGUUCACAAAAUUUUACCCCAUAGAGUUGCAUAUUACUCCUACGCUAUUAGCAAACAGUUACUCCUGCCAUCAAAUAAAUAUAAUCAUUAUUUAUAGCCCAUGUUCAGCAGCAGCCUAGACAAAGUGCUAACCUCCUUUAACUUAUGUUAUCUUUUUUAAUCGUUGUAGGAUGUUGCAAUGUUUUUGGACAAGUUUCUGUACAAACAGGUAACUUAAAUACAAUAAUAUCAAAAUUAUGAUUGUAUUUCCUGGGAGAUGAUUGUUUCUAGCAUUAAGAAAAUUGAAGGCGAGAAACAUUUUGCUGUAUUGCCAUAUAUUAUUGAUUUUCCUAUAGAAUUUUGUUGAGUCUAACUUUGUCUGAGUGAAAGCGUUGCUUAGUGUACCAGUGCCUGUCAAUGCGUUCUUUUAAUGUAAUUCCCUAGAAAACAAACCUGUGAUAGAUAAUUUUCAAAGAAACUUGGUUCAGGCUCUGGAAGAACAAUGCAGUGCAGUUGACCUGGUACUCUUUUUCUUUUUCAGCAAGCAACCUUCUUUCACACCCAUUUUCCAGAUGGAAGGAUAGGAUCAGAAGUAUUGGUAUAUAGCAGAGAAAAACCAGCUGAAACUAAGGAAAAAGCUUAG